AUGGACAUUGAUGUAUCCCACCGUAUCCAGGCUGGUUGGUGUAGGUGGAGAGUAGCCACUGGGAUUUUGUGUGAUAGGAGGUUCUCAGCAAAAUUAAAGGAGAAAUUUUAUAGGGUAGCAGUUAGACCGGCUAUAUUAUGCGGGACAGAUUGUUGGGCCAUCAAGAAAACACAGGCACGCAAGAUGGAGGUAGCGGAGAUGAGGAUGUUGAGGUGCAUGUGUGGCCACACGAGGGUAGACCAAAUAAGAAGUGAGGUUUUUAGGGAAUGGUUAGGAGUGGCUAGUAUAUCGGACAAAUUAAAAGACAGGAGAUUGAGAUGGUUUUGGCAUGUGAAGAGGAGGCAGUUGAUAGAACUAAUUAGAGCAGUGGAAACCAUGACAGUGGAAGGAAGGAGGAGUAGAGGCAGGCCCAAAUUGACUUGUGAUGAACGACUUAGGCAAGAUUUGGUAGAGUUACACCUCUCCGAGGACAUGGUUCAGGAUAGGAGUGGAGACGUGUGGAUUAAGGUUAAGGACUUGUAG